AGUGGCUCACUUACCCACUGGACACUGCAUGGCUGUAAGGCUUUUAAGAUGAAUAUGAAUAAACUUUACACGGGGAAUCCAUUGUUCCCUCUCCUUUUCUCUCCCUACUUUCAUUCUCUGCCUUAGCUAUUCAGAUUCUUGAGAUUUCAUUUACCCCCCCCCACAUUCUCUCUCUUCCUUCCUUGUGGCUUAUAUAAAAAAAGAAAGAAAAUAAAGACUCAUACUUCACAAAACCAAUCUGCAAAUAUUGAAUUUUGGGAUUACAAAUAGGACACGAUUUUUCUGAGGAAAACAUCUGGUGCUGGUAGAUAUUUUUGGUGUCGAAAGUUUGUUUCUAGAGUGAUCGCAUGCCUGGGAACAAGUACUUCAGUAGUCCAAACCAAGUCGGUAGUUCAAACCACAUUCCAGGUCGUGUAGAGCGGCUUUUGAGAGAUAGAGAGCAAAGGAAAAACAACAGGACUUGUCAUUCGAAUGAAUUAAAUGAUAAUAUCAGCAGGUUGAGUGAAUCAUUUGAGCAUGAAUUGCGGUUAAGAGAAGGCGAGAACGGGCAUGCUCGCCAAUACUUGGAAGGUCCUGAAAACGAAAGGUUGCAUCAGGAGGGACGUGAAAGGAUAGAUGGGAGGCCGUGUAGACAACGACUGUUGGUGGUGGCUAACAGGCUGCCAGUAUCUGCAGUUAGGAGAGGUGAAGACUCGUGGUCAUUGGAGAUAAGUGCUGGUGGUCUGGUCAGUGCACUUCUUGGUGUGAAGGAGUUUGAGGCACGAUGGAUUGGUUGGGCUGGUGUGAAUGUGCCAGAUGAGGUUGGACAGAAGGCGCUUACGAAGGCCUUGGCUGAAAAGAGGUGUAUUCCUGUAUUCCUUGAUGAAGAGAUUGUUCACCAAUAUUAUAAUGGCUAUUGCAACAACAUUUUAUGGCCUCUUUUUCAUUACCUUGGCCUUCCACAAGAAGAUCGCCUUGCCACUACCCGAAGCUUCCAGUCUCAAUUUGCUGCAUAUAAGAAGGCAAAUCAAAUGUUUGCUGAUGUGGUAAACAAGCACUAUGAAGAGGGUGAUGUUGUUUGGUGCCAUGAUUACCAUCUCAUGUUUCUCCCAAAAUGCUUAAAGGAAUAUAACAUCAAAAUGAAAGUUGGUUGGUUUCUUCACACCCCAUUUCCCUCUUCCGAAAUUCAUAGGACACUGCCAUCUCGGUCAGAGCUCCUGCGUUCUGUUCUUGCUGCUGAUUUAGUUGGUUUUCACACCUACGAUUAUGCGAGGCAUUUUGUUAGUGCUUGUACUCGUAUUCUUGGACUUGAGGGUACACCUGAGGGAGUUGAGGAUCAAGGGAGGCUGACUCGAGUGGCUGCUUUUCCAAUUGGGAUAGAUUCAGAUAGGUUUAUACAUGCACUUGAGGCCGGUCCGGUCCAGGAUAACAUCAGAGAAUUAGCAGAAAGAUUUAAAGGCCGAAAGGUAAUGUUAGGUGUUGAUCGUCUUGAUAUGAUCAAAGGGAUUCCUCAAAAGAUAUUAGCCUUUGAAAAAUUUCUUGAGGAAAACCCAGAUUGGCGUGAUAAAGUAGUGUUGCUGCAAAUUGCUGUGCCAACGAGAACAGAUGUUCCAGAGUAUCAAAAACUUACAAGCCAGGUUCAUGAAAUAGUUGGACGCAUAAAUGGCAGAUUUGGAACGUUGUCAGCAGUUCCCAUACAUCACCUGGAUCGUUCUUUGGACUUUCAUGCAUUAUGUGCUCUGUAUGCUAUUACAGAUGUAGCACUAGUCACAUCUUUAAGGGAUGGAAUGAACCUUGUCAGCUAUGAGUUUGUGGCUUGCCAAGAUACAAAGAAAGGGGUUCUUAUUCUUAGUGAAUUUGCUGGCGCUGCACAAUCUCUGGGUGCUGGGGCAAUACUAGUGAACCCCUGGAACAUUACGGAAGUUGCAGCUUCUAUUGCCCAAGCUUUGAAUAUGCCAGCUGAAGAAAGAGAGAAGCGACAUAAACAUAACUUUGCACAUGUGACCAGCCACACUGCUCAAGAAUGGGCUGAAACUUUUGUGAGUGAACUAAACGAUACUGUGGUAGAGGCAAAACUAAGGACACGACAAGUUCCACCUUUUCUACCAAACAAGGAUGCAAUCAAUCAUUAUUUACAAUCUAAUAAUCGAUUGCUUAUAUUGGGAUUCAAUGCAACAUUAACUGAACCAGUGGACACUCCUGGGAGGAGAGGUGAUCAAAUUAAAGAAAUGGAUCUUAAAGUGCAUCCAGGUCUAAAAGAAUCCUUGAAGGUGCUUUGCAGUGAUCCAAAUACAACAAUUGUUGUACUCAGUGGGAGUGAAAGAAGUGUCUUAGAUGAGAACUUUGGAGAGUAUGACAUGUGGUUGGCAGCAGAGCAUGGGAUGUUUCUACGCCUUACAAAGGGGGAAUGGAUGACAACAAUGCCAGAGCAUUUGAAUAUGGAAUGGGUUGACAGUGUCAUGCAUGUAUUGGAAUACUUCACGGAAAGAACUCCCCGAUCACAUUUUGAACGUCGUGCAACUUCACUUGUAUGGAAUUACAAAUAUGCAGAUGUUGAGUUUGGAAGACUUCAAGCAAGGGAUAUGCUGCAGCAUCUCUGGACAGGCCCAAUUUCAAAUGCAUCUGUUGAUGUUGUUCAAGGUGGCCGAUCUGUUGAGGUGCGAGCAGUGGGUGUCACAAAGGGUGCAGCAAUUGACCGCAUUCUUGGAGAGAUAGUUCACAGUAAAUCCAUGACAACACCAAUAGACUAUGUCCUGUGUAUCGGACAUUUUCUGACAAAGGAUGAAGAUGUGUACACCUUUUUUGAGCCAGAGCUUCCUUCUGAUGCCAUUGCAAGAACCAAGGCAAAUGAUGGACUCAAGCUACCUGGUGAGAGAAGAUCUUCUUUGAAGCUUCCAGCCAACAGAAGUGGGUCAAAAUCAUCUUCAUCUCAAAGACAGACUCAACGACCUUUGCUGAAUCCUGACAAGAGAAUUACCAAUCAUACCUGUGGGAGUGGGCGGCGGCCAUCACCAGAAAAGGUUUCAUGGAAUGUGCUUGAUCUAAAGGGAGAGAACUAUUUCUCUUGUGCUGUGGGACGAGCUCGUACAAAUGCUCGAUAUACACUUGGAUCAUCAGAUGAUGUUGUCUCCUUUCUGAAAGAACUGGCUGAUGCAUCUUAAUUUGUAAGGUUCAUUAAGUUGAGCAAUGCUAUGCUUUCCUAUCUUGUAGUGCAUCCGCUUCAAAAUUCAACGCCCAACUUAGUUAGGCAAUGAGAAGGUUCAUUGACGAUAA